ACGUUCGAUCGAACAGUUCACAAGUAUUCCAACCAAGCAAGCAUACCAAAUUACGUAACCAUGAAGGUCGCCAUUGUUGCUGUUGUUCUUGCUCUUGCCGUCGUUUCGGAGGCUGGUGUCCUGCCAUGGGGCUGGCCAUACGCUGGACUUCCUGCUGCUGUCCCCGUAGCUUCGUGGCCACCGGCAGCCAUCCAUGCCGCCUACCCGGCGUUCGCCCCUCAUGCCGCCAUCUAUGCCGCUCCACAUGCCGCCAUCUUGGCCGCUCCUCAUGCUCCAGUUGCUUCGGUUGCUCACCAUGGCGGUGUUGUUCCUGGGGCCACCUCCGUCACCGCUACCCGAGGUGCUGUGCAUGUUGCCCCUCUGCCCGGACAUGCCGUCUCCCAGCAACAGCUGAACCUGGCCCCGGCACCAGGAACCAUCUAAGUCGAACGGAGCAAAAGAUGCACCUAAACCAACCGGAACCCAUCAUCCCAUCUGUGCGCCCGUCGUGCAAUACGCUGAACAAGUGAUAACAUACUCAUUAGCUGCUAAGUAGUUCGUUCGUUUGCGAUCUGUGUUCGUUUCUAUUGAUUCCUGCAAAUGUUUGAAUAAAAGCAAGAAUGCAAAGCAUUUUAUAA